CCCCGGCUCCUGCUCCCCGAGGUGCCGCCGGCCACCGCAGAGCCCCCCCCGCCCCCAGAGCUCGGAGUGUGGUGAGGGGGGCUUCCCGAGGGCCGGCCAUGGAGGAGCAGGGCGACACCAGCGGCUCCAGCUCGGAGUCCCCGCCCGACAAGAGCCCCCCGGAAUCGGACUCGCCGUGGUCGUGGAUUCCCAUGAUGAGAGACUCUGGAUGGAUUCGGAGUGUGUGGUCCUCAAACAUUAACGCUCAGACCAUGAAUUACGUGGGGCAGCUGGCGGGCCAGGUGUUUGUCACCGUGAAGGAGCUGUACAAGGGCCUGAACCCCGCCACCCUGUCUGGAUGCAUCGACAUCAUCGUCGUCCGGCAGCCCAACGGGAGCCUGCAGUGCUCCCCCUUCCACGUGCGCUUCGGCAAGAUGGGGGUGCUGCGCUCCCGAGAGAAAGUGGUGGACAUAGAGAUCAACGGGGAGUCCGUGGAUUUACACAUGAAGCUGGGAGACAAUGGAGAAGCCUUUUUUGUUCAAGAGACGGAUAACGAUCAGGAGGUGAUCCCCACGCACCUGGCCACCUCGCCCAUCCUGUCGGACGGCGCCUGCCGCAUGGAGAGCCAGCUGAGGCGGGGCCCGGGGGAGCGGGCGUGGGGCCCGCCCGGCGAGACGCCCUCCAGCGGCUCCCUGGGGAAGCAGCGCCGGAAGCGGCGGCGGAAGGCCCAGCUGGACAGCCUCAAGCGGGACGACACCCCGGGCACGUCCGAGGACGAGGACAUGUUCCCCAUCGAGAUGAGCUCCGACGAGGAGCGGGACCCCCCGGGCGGCAGAACUCUUAAUAACGACAUGCCGCCCUUCCAAGAAGAUGUUCCCAAGGAGAACCUGCCCCCAGUCACGCCUUAUUUUCAGUCAUCAUCGUACCCUGGUUCUGACAGAGAGUGGUCACCCCACGCCAGUAGCCCGCUGGAUUGCAGACGGACGCCCCCUCACAUGGCGGUGGCGGCCGAGGGCCUGCUCUCCAGCUCCUGCCCUCCGCAGUCGUCCGUCCUGCAGGCUCCCGAAAGUCCUUCAGGCUCCCGGCCUUCCACACCUAAGAGCGACUCCGAGCUGGUCAGCAAGUCGGCGGACAGGGCGGCGCAGAAGAGCAACCUGGAGAUGCUGUGGCUGUGGGGGGAGCUGCCCCAGGCCGCCAAGGCGACACACAAGAUGAAAGACUCGAGCGGCAGGAAGUUCUCGGAGAAGGUGCACUUUCAGGCCAUCCACAGCGAGCCCGCCGGGGCCUUCCGGGAGCCGGAGCCGGAGCCGGAGCCGGAGCCGGAGCCGGAGCCGCAGGCCGAGGCGCCCCCCCCGCGGCCGCCCCCGGAGCAGAGCCCGCCGCCCGCCGAGAUGCAGUUCGUGAACCAGGAGGACGCGGAGGCCCUGGGGGCCGCCGCCCCGGCCCCGCCCGCCCCCGAGGAGCCCCGAGCCCUCGCCGCCGCCGCGGCCGGCAAGACGGACUCGCCGUCCAGGAAGAAAGACAAACGAAGCCGGCACCUCGGGGCGGACGGCGUCUACCUGGACGACCUCACAGACAUGGACCCCGAAAUGGCCGCCCUGUACUUCCCCAGGAACGGGGACUCUGCCGGGCUCCCCAAACAUGCCGACAACGGGGCCCGGUCAGCCAACCAGUCCCCGCAGUCCGUGGGCAGCUCUGGCGCCGACAGUGGCGUGGAGAGCACCUCGGACGGCCUGAGGGACCUGCCGUCCAUCGCCAUCUCCCUCUGCGGCGGCCUCAGCGACAACCGGGAGAUCACCAAAGACGCGUUCCUGGAACAAGCCGUGUCGUACCAGCAGUUUGUGGACAACCCCGCCCUCAUCGACGACCCCAACCUUGUGGUGAAGAUCGGGAGCAAGUAUUACAACUGGGCCACGGCGGCCCCGCUGCUCCUGGCCAUGCAGGCCUUCCAGAAGCCGCUGCCAAAGGCCACGGUGGAGGCCAUCAUGAGGGACAAGAUGCCCCGGAAGGGAGGACGGUGGUGGUUUUCGUGGCGGGGAAGAAACACCACGAUCAAGGAGGAAAGUAAGCCGGAGCAGGGCCUGGCUGGCAAGAGCCACAGCACCGGGGAGCAGCCGCCGCCGCUCGGCAUGGCCACCAGGAUGAAGCAGGAGUCGUCCUCCAGCGACGAGGAGCACGCAGCCCCCCGGCCGUCCAGCGCCCCCCUGAUGCCCCUCCUGUCCAACGUCGGCUACAAGAAGACCCUGCGGCUCACGUCGGAGCAGCUGAAAAGCCUGAAGCUGAAGAACGGCCCCAACGACGUGGUGUUCAGCGUGACCACGCAGUACCAGGGCACCUGCCGCUGCGAGGGCACCAUCUACCUGUGGGACUGGGACGACAAGGUGGUCAUCUCCGACAUCGACGGCACCAUCACCAGGUCAGACACCCUGGGCCACAUUUUGCCCCAGUUCGGGAAGGACUGGACCCACCAGGGCAUCGCGAAGCUAUACCACAAAGUGAGCCAGAACGGGUACAAGUUCCUGUACUGCUCGGCGCGAGCCAUCGGCAUGGCGGACAUGACGCGGGGCUACCUGCACUGGGUCAACGAGAGGGGCACCGUGCUGCCCCAGGGGCCCCUGCUGCUGAGCCCCAGCAGCCUCUUCUCCGCCCUGCACAGGGAGGUGAUUGAGAAGAAGCCGGAGAAGUUUAAAGUCCAGUGCUUGACAGACAUCAGAAACCUGUUCUUCCCGAACACAGAGCCGUUCUAUGCCGCCUUCGGAAACCGGGCAGCGGACGUGUAUUCGUACAAGCAAGUCGGAGUGUCUCUGAACCGCAUAUUCACCGUCAACCCCAAGGGCGAGCUGGUGCAGGAGCACGCCAAGACCAACAUCUCCUCGUACGUGAGGCUGUGCGAGGUGGUGGACCACGUCUUCCCGCUGCUCAAGAGGAGCCACUCCUCGGACUUCCCCUGCUCGGACACGUUCAGCAACUUCACCUUCUGGAGGGAGCCGCCGCCCCCGUUCGAGAACCCGGACGCGCACUCCGCCUCGGCCUGAGCCCGCCGGGACCCGGAUCUGCCAGGACCCCGCGCCGCCCGCCCGCCGCCCCCGCGCCAUUAAAGCCCGCUGGGAGCCCGGGAGGGAGCUCGGGAGCCGCGUGCGUCAUUGCCGAGCGCACAGAGCUGGGUGCACCCCGCUCCCCGCGCCCGGGGCUGGCGUUUCUCAGUCAAGUACCAGGUGCACGUUCCUUGCGAGGAGUCGGGUGCACUCCCUGGGGGUGGGGGGUCCUGGCUGGGGCUGAAAGCCAGAGACCCCGAGGCCCUGCCCGCCUGCGGGCCGCCUCUCCUGGGCUGCGUGUCCCCGUGAGCCCAGCAGAGCUGGCGCCUGGCCCGGCGGGGGACGGAGUCCACAGGACCAGGUGCUGCCACGUGGAGGGGCCACGUCCCCAUGGUGGCUCCCACCCAUCUGCACCCGGUGGUGGUGGGCGGGAGAACGGGUGGGGAGGCACAUGCUGGCUGUGUGACCGGAUCUGGGUCUCUGAAGGGCUUGGCCCUGUGGGUGUUCCUUGCAGUAUUCGCCGAGUCUGAUUCCAGGGGAUAAGCUCGCCUAUCAUACUUCGGUUAAAGAACCGUUGCCACUGGUACACCCCCUCCCCCCCCUUUCUGUGGCUCAGGGCUGGACAGUUCAUGCCUUAAUGCCCCUGGCCGGCGUGUCCCCUGGAAUGUGCUUUGUCCAGCUCCCGGUACCUGCCAUGCCUUACGCUCGGACCCAGGGAGGGCUUCGGGGGCAGGGUCUCCCGUGAGGCUGAGGCUGGCCCGGGCCAAGGCCUCGCCUCCGACAGGCGGAGCUGGCGGGCGGCCGGCGCAGGGGCUGGGCCUGGGCAGGGCCGGUUCCCAUGGGAAGCUCUCCGGUGAAGCUGCUUGGUGUUACGAAAUCCGCUUCAGGAAGUUAAAUUAUAUUCUCUGUAGAUAUUAUUUAUUACUUUACUCCGAUGGGCCAUAGCCUUUCUGGGAUAACGGUCACUGACCUGUAAGAAGACACGCGUUAGACAACCCGGAGCCUUAUUCUCUCCCCUCACCGGCCUCUCACCUUCCCCCGCUUCUCCCGCUGGCGGUCAGGGCACGGCGCAGGGGUACGGUUUGCCCGGGGGCCUUUCUCUAAGCCCCCGGGAGACGGACUCUCUUGUUCGGAUAAACGGAUGACAGAGAGGACUAUGUGAAGAGUUAAGAGUUAUUUUGGUAAAGAGUUUGCUUUAUUUUUUGAGGUAUUAUUUUUCUAAAGCGCCUUUUCCUCCGGCGGUGGAAGUGCUUUGCUAGGCGGUUGCCAGGAGGCCACGCGAGGGGCAGGCCGUGGACUCGCUCUUUCUGUGAAAGAGACGCGGAGGUCGCCCCGGUGGUGGCAGGGGGCAGGCGGCGGCGGCUCUGGGACAAGGCUCCCGGGGCCCGGCUGGGGCCCCACAGAAAGGCCCCCGUUUGCACAGAGCCCCGUGGGAGGCACAGACGUGAUGGACUCCUCCGGGCAUGGGCACUGGCGACCUUCCGAAGCUGCGCUCCCUCUCCGGUGGGCGUUGGGGUGACCGGAGCUGCUGUGACCUGAGCCUCGUUCCUCCUCCCCCGGAGAGCGAGGCUGGGGGAGAGGGGGCACCGCCUCAGGCACGCCUUCCAGAAGGUCGCCCUCGGAUCUGGGUCCCUUGGGAGUGGGGCCCCCGCCCCCGGCGCCGUAGCGGUCACACCUGCCGUGGCCUGGGAAACAGACUUGCACGUGGGGGUCGCGCACAGGUGUGCAUGUGGGCUUGUCUGUUCACAGCCACAGCCCGGCACCCCGCGGGCGGGCACAUGCUGAGUGCCGCCUGGGCCGCACCUGGCCGCCUGCAGAGAGGACCCCCCGAGAGCCGACGCCCGGGCUCCCCCCUGAGUGCAGAAUGCAGGAACGAGGGCCUGCACAGACCCCCCUCUGCCAGGUGGGGCGUGGCUCCCGCGGCCCUGUGCUGGGUAAGCACCUCUGUGCGGGCACGUGCUGGGAAAUGAUUCUCCCUGUGUUGUGCCGGAUGCAGAGCUAGAAACUUGUAAUAAAAGACCCGCGAAAGGCUUCUGA